AUGGUUAACAUAUCCGACAAGAUUAAAGAAAUCCAAGAUGAGAUGUCCAGAACUCAGAAAAAUAAGGCCACUGAGUAUCAUCUUGGGUUGUUAAAAGGAAAACUUGCUAAAUAUCGCAGGAUGCUUCUGGAGCCUGAACCGGGAUCUAGUCAAGGGAGUAAGGGACAAGGAUUUGAAGUCAGUAAGAGUGGAGAUGCUCGUGUAUGUCUCAUUGGAUAUCCUUCCGUGGGAAAGUCAUCGUUCCUCUCCAAAGUGACCAAGACCCAGUCUGCUGCCGCUGCAUACGAGUUCACUACGCUGACCUCAGUCCCUGGAGUUUUGCAUUACGAAGGGGCAGAAAUUCAGAUUGUUGAUUUGCCAGGAAUCAUCAAAGGCGCCAGUGAGGGAAAAGGAAGGGGGAGACAGGUGGUGGCAACUGCAAAAACUGCAGACUUGAUUUUGAUGAUACUGGACGCUACAAAACCGUCUGAUCAGCGAGAGAAUCUCGAGAAAGAACUAGAGGCAAUCGGAAUUCGACUGAAUAAAGGGAAACCGGGCAUAGCAAUCAAACAAAAACAGUCAGGAGGAAUAAAGAUGAUUUCGCUGACUACUCCAACAAAUUUAGAUGAAAAGCUGGUUAAUUCAAUUCUCAAAGAUUACAAGCUUCAUAAUGCAGAAGUCACUGUCAAAGAUAAAGAUGCUACUGUUGAUGAUCUGAUUGAUGUUUUGAACGAAAAACAUGUCGUUUAUAUUCCCUGCCUGUAUGUUUACAACAAGAUUGACGCAGUCUCUCUCGAAGAAGUUGAUAGGAUUGCUCGUGAGCCGAACACAACUGUUAUGUCGUGUGAAAUGGAGUUGUCUAUCGAUGAUGUGAUUGAAGAGAUUUGGUAUAGACUUGAUCUUUCUAGACUUUACACCAAAAGAAAGACAGACAGGCCUGACUUUUCUGAGCCACUAGUGGUUAGAAGUCAGUCCACAGUGGAGGAUGUUUGCAACUCAAUACACAAAGAUUUGAAAGAAAGUUUCAAAUAUGCAUUGGUUUGGGGUUCUUCGUCAAAAUUUGGAAUGGCGCCUCAAAAGUGUGGACUCGGACAUCGGGUUCAUGAUCAAGAUGUUGUUUCAAUAGUGACAAAAUAA